AUGGCGUCGAUUGGGGGCAAGGGAUUGAUAUCGAGAGCGAGUAGAAUGAGAUCAAAGCUCCAAUCUGCCUUGGAAGCAAGCCUUCUUGAGAUCGAAGACGUUUCCUACCAACACGCUGGCCAUGCCGCCGUCAAAGCCAACCCUAACGCCGCCGCCGGCGAGACCCAUUUCAAUCUCAGGAUUGUGUCCCCAAAAUUCGAAGGGCAGAGCCUUGUCAAGCGACAUCGCUUGGUCUACGAUGCCCUUGCUGACGAGCUUAACUCUGGUCUUCACGCCCUCUCCAUUGUUGCCAAGACACCAACGGAGAUCGAACGCGCCUCCAAAUAG